AACCACAGAUCACAGAGGUAAUCUGUGGUCAAAACGGCAUCAGCCCUACACUGGUUGAUUAUAUAGGUUAUGUUUCUUUGCUGAUUUUUACAGGUUAUAUGUGCCAGUUUGUAGUUCAAAACUCCUUAUUUUCUACACAAAACUGCUUAUUCGGGGUAUAGUUUUGGUGUCCAACCACUCAGACCGAUGGCUGAAGAAUACAAAUCCCUUCACCCUUUGAAGUACUACCGCGACUAUUUCGCCCAUGAUAUCAGGCCGGAUGGGCGCGAGUUCGCAGACUACCGACCUGUGAUCGUAAACGUUGGUUCCAUAUCGACUGCCGAUGGUUCCGCGAUCGCCAAAGUGGGAAAAACCACUGUUAUUUGCGGCGUCAAAGCGGAGCUCUGCCGGCCGCGGCCCGAGUGCCCCAACAAAGGGUUUUUGGUGCCCAACCUGGAGCUGUCGCCCUUGUGCUCUUCCAAGUUCAAAUCGGGGCCCCCUGGCGAGGAGGCGCAAGUUUUAACGCAGCUCAUAGCGGAUGUUAUUGAAAAUUCCCGCUGCAUUAACUUGGAGGAACUGUGCCUUUUAAAGGAUAAACUAGCCUGGUGUUUGUAUGCUGACUUGGUGUGCUUGGACUACGAUGGGUCGCUGCUGGACGCCUGCAUAGUGGCGCUGAUGGCCUGCUUGCGUUCAGUUACCCUGCCGCACAUCGACUACGAUCCUGCGUUGGACGUGAAACAAACCAACCUGCAGGAGAGGCGACAUAUCGCGGUCCAUUCCAUGCCGCUGGCCUGCACAUUGGCGAUUUUCGACGACAAAAUCCUGCUAACCGACCCGACAGUGGAGGAGGAGAACUUGAGCAGUGGCUCAGUGACUGUGGUGAUCAACGGGGACGAGUUAUGUUCGGUACACAAACCAGGCGGCAGCAUUCUGUCCGAGGACCAGCUGCUGGACUGCAUAGGAAAAAGCCAGGCGCGCGCGAAAAGCCUCCAGGAACUAAUCAACAGUGCUGUGAAUGCUGCGAAUAAAAUGGGAUAGUUAUUGGUA